CACCAACAGUCGCGGGGUGAGGUUUUAUAGUUGACUGGACUGGUGGCUGAGUUGUGGGUGUGAGGGAUGGAUGGAUAUUCAAUAAUGAGGGUGUACAUUACUAUUAUGUAGCUGAGGUUGUUGUUGUUGUACAGCCUCCUGUGGACACUGGAUCUUGGAUGCCAUCGAUCGGAGUCUUCUUCUCAUCUCCAUUUCGCAGGGAACAGCCUAGGAUAGCCAGCCAGCCUCUUGGACGCCAUUCCCUCAGACUCAGCCUUCCUUCGACCAGUCCGCAAACACCUGUUCGCUUAGGCCCAUCCUUCCGAUCCCAUCCCAUGGAGACACCCGUCACCCACAUUCACAGUUCAGCUACAAAGUACGACCAUAAGCCAACAUGGUUCUUCGAAAACGGCCUGCGUAAAGUCAGACCUUACCUGUUCGAAUUCUCAACUUAUGCCAAGGAAAGGUGGCGUGGCCGGAGCGUUAUUGAUGUCUUCAGCACCGAUUUUAGAGAUCGAAGCCCAGAAUACUAUGCGCAUGCAGUGGCUUCAGGAGUCAUCAAGAUCAAUGGGAAGAAUAUUAAGAAGGAUGUUAUCAUCAGGAACGGCGACCGGAUCACCAACACGCUUCAUAGACACGAGCCUCCAGUCGCCGGAGAUCCCGUGAGGAUCCUGCAUCGUGAUGACGAGAAAGGCUUAUUAGUUGUCGAAAAACCUGGCAGCAUGCCCGUACAUCCUACUGGACGGUAUAACUAUAAUACACUACUGUCGAUCUUGCGAUUUGAUUAUGAUCUACCACUCGUCCACACAAGCAAUCGUCUCGAUCGACUGACCUCUGGAGUCAUGGUCUGCGCUUUGACGGUCGAAGCCUCUCGAGGAUUGUCGAAAUUUUUCAGCACCGAGGGCGCAGUGAAGAAAGAGUAUAUCGCUCGCUGUCGUGGAAAUUUCCCAGACGAUGAGGUCACUUGCGAAGAGCCUCUGUUGACUAUCGAUCGACAAAUCGGACUCAACGUUGUUCACCCUGAAGGAAAGCACGCCAAGACGAUCUUCAAGAAACUUAGCUAUGAUCCCGAAUCAGACUCUUCAGUUCUUCAUUGUCGACCCAUCACCGGUCGCUCUCACCAGCUCAGAGUGCACUUACAAUUCCUGGGCUUCCCGAUCCUCAACGACACGAUAUACUGCAACUUGAAGGCGUGGGGACCAUCGCAUGGCAAGGGCGGGAUUUUCUUCGCUCCCACCACGCAGACCGAAUCCACAGCAGAAGAUGAACCUGCGCCGAAUGAGAGUGAAGGUGUGGCUGAAGGAAGCGGAUAUGUUGAGAAGACUGAGGACUCGAGGGUAAAUCUGAACAGUCAGCAGAAGCGCCCCUCGAAAUCGAAGCUCGGGAGGAACCAACGACAAGGGAUCUCGCAAGUGAGCGAGAAGCGUGUCAAGCUGGAUCCGGAGUCUGCCGAGGCGGGUAACUGCAGCGGCGUGCCGAUCAACCAGCUCGCCUCGGCAGUCAUCCUCGAGCUCAGAAAGGCUCGCGAUGUCGAGGACGACUUCGGAAGAGUCAAGGAUACGAUCCAUAUCGAUAAGGCCUUCAAGUCGCCCCUCGAUCUCCAGGUGUCUGUCAACGCUAAUCCCCAACCUAAUCUGCCAUUUGAUGACAAGUUUUGCGCCGAUUGCGGGAUCCCUCUCUUGCCGGAUCCCAAACCUGAACAACUUUAUAUCUAUUUACAUGCUUUCCGAUACCAAACUGAUAGUUGGGAUUUCAGUAGUGAGUUACCAUGGUGGGCAAAUGAACAAGAAUGGAAAACUCGCAGACCCAGUCAAUAG